AUGAAUGGACAAUCAACUUCAAAUGACUCUAGUGGUACUUACAGUGGACUAUCCUCGCCAUAGGAACUUGAGAAAGUAAAUGAUAAUGUGAAACUGCUGCCAAUGUCCACUAAAGCAUCAAGUGAAGAUUCGUCAAUUGAAUAUGGAAAGAGGUUUUUACCCCCUAUCUGGGUUGAUAUCUAGGAGGAAAUAGAAAGACACAUAGAAGAGAUCAAUACUAAAAGUACACAUUCACUUACUACGAAUAAAUAAUAAUAUGAUAUUUUAGUGAAUGAACUGAAAAAAUUACAGCAGAAGCGUUUGAAAGUAAACUUCCUAGACGAUGAUGAUGAUGAGUCAACUAAUGUACUGUAAAAGCAAAUAUAUUAGGUUACCGAGGAUAUAACUGAUUUAGUAAGAGCAAGUGAUACAAAACUUAAAGAGCUUAUUAAGUUUAAGUCAGAUGAGAAAUACGAUGAUCAAAUCAGAAAGAACAUAUAAAUAUCAUUAGCGACCAGACUAAAAGAAGUGACUAUGAAACUUAGGAAAAGAGAGAAAAAGCAUUAUCUGAAGGUUUAAGAGAUUCAUGACGAAGGAGGGUAAAAGGAUCAUGGUGGGGAUAAUAUGGAUAACUUUUUGAAUGAUUAAUCAUAAAUGCAAGUGCUCGAAGAAGAUGAAGAAAUCGAUUAGACUUAGAGAACAAGAAAUAAAGAAAUCAAGAAUAUAGUGAACACCAUAAAUGACCUAGCUGUGUUAUUUAAGGACUUGUCAGUACUCGUAGUUGAGCAAGGCUCUAUCCUAGAUCGAAUAGACUACAAUGUGGAGUGUGCACAUUAGGACGUAGUCCAGGCUAAUGUUCAUUUAGAAAAAACAGUUAAAAUCGAAAAAUCUUUUAGGUCCAAAGGUGUACUUGGUUGUCUGAUUGUGUCUAUAUUACUAAGCUUGAUAAUUCUAGCAGCAAAACACUCAUGA